AUGGCGGCCCGGGGACUUGUUCCCUCAUUAUUAGCCGUUUUAAACUUCAUAAUUUUACAAAAUUCGGGCUAUGCUCGUGUCUUGACGCCGCCUUAUUUUAACCUAGCUGAAGCCCGAAGAAUUUAUGCGUCUGCAACUUGUGGCGUUGGAGUAGCGGAACCCGAGCUUUUCUGUCGAUUGACCGGCGCGACAUCGGAUAAAGAAGAGGCACGGCGACAACUUUUGCAGGGGCAGUUGUGCGAUCAUUGUGAUGUGUCCGUCCCUGAACAGAGUCACCCGGCCGAAUUCGCCAUAGACGGGUCAGAGAGAUGGUGGCAAAGUCCUCCACUCUCAAGGGGUCUCGAGUUCAAUAAAGUGAACCUCACCGUCAACCUGGGACAGGAAUUCCAUGUUGCCUAUGUGUACAUCAAGAUGGCCAACUCUCCCAGACCAGGUGUUUGGGCUCUUGAACGAUCGACAGACUUUGGACAAACAUGGUCACCUUGGCAGUUUUUCGCUGACAAUCCCAGUGACUGUCUCUUCUUCUUCAACACUCCAUCCUCAAAUGGUAUUCUGCGAGAUGACUCUGUUAUCUGCACCACAGAGUUCUCCCAAGUUGUGCCCUUGGAAAAUGGAGAGAUUGUUGUGUCCUUGGUGAAUGGUCGUCCCAGUGCUAAAAACUUUUCCCAUUCUGAAACACUUCAAGAAUGGACAAAGGCAACCAACAUCAGACUGCGGUUGAUUCGAACGAAAACCUUGUUAGGUCAUUUGAUGGCCUUGGCCAGGCAAGAUGACACUGUGACCAGACGAUACUUCUACAGCAUCAAGGACAUAUCAAUUGGUGGUCGUUGUGUGUGUAACGGCCAUGCCGACACCUGUGACCUUCGCAGCCCUGAAAACCCUGCCCAGCUCUUGUGUAACUGUCAACAUAACACCUGUGGAAACCAGUGUGAAUACUGCUGCCCAGGUUUUGUUCAGAAGAAGUGGAAGAGAGUCACUCAAGAUGCCUUGUUCGAAUGUGAACCCUGCCAGUGUUAUGGUCACUCCAACCAGUGUUUCUAUGACCCAGAGGUGGACCGAAAGCGUCUCAGUAUAGAUAUUUAUGGCAAAUACAUAGGUGGUGGAGUUUGUCAGAACUGUACUCAUAACACAGAGGGAAUCAACUGUGAGAAAUGUGUGGCUGGCUACUACAGACCUUACGGCGUUCCUCGUAACGCUACUGAUGCUUGUCGGCGUUGUAGCUGUGACCUGAGAGUUUCAACAGGGGAGUGUGAAGAGAACACAGGACGGUGCUUAUGUCGUCCAGAAUACUAUGGCGAAAACUGUGAUAGGUGUGCCAUUGGUUACUUUGGAUAUCCGGUCUGUCGUCCGUGUGAUUGUAAUUACAAUGGUACAGAAGGAGGUGUAUGUGAAGUUGGUGGUGGCCAGUGUCCGUGUAAACCUCAGUAUGUUGGCAGGAACUGUGACAUGUGUGCCUUUGGUUACUACGGUUUUCCCGACUGCUUCCCGUGUAAUUGCGGUGCAGCAGGGUCAGUGGGAUCGAUGUGUGAUGUAGAAACUGGUCAGUGCAGCUGCCGUAACAAUUAUGGGAGUCGUGAUUGUGCAGCAUGUGAGGAUGGCUACUAUAGCUACCCCAUCUGCUCAUACUGUGACUGUGAUCCUGCAGGAACUGUGACAGAGAUCUGCGAUAAAACGUCUGGAAUUUGUCUGUGUGGAGAAAGCUAUGCAGGACCUCGCUGUGACAGGUGUGCCUCUGGAUCCUUCAACUUCCCCUACUGUGCGGCAUGUAACUGCACAUCACCGGGGUCCCUUGGUCAAGCGUGCUCAGAUCGUGGCCAGUGUAGAUGUCAGCCCAACUACGGUGGCCUAAGAUGUGAUCGAUGUGCUCCAGGGUACUACAGAUACCCCAAGUGCUCACCAUGUAACUGUGAUCCUUACGGUUCCUAUGGCGCAUCAUGUGACCAAGAAACAGGCCAGUGUAAUUGCCGAGACAAUUUUGAGGGACUUACCUGCAGUAAAUGUAAAGAGGGAUUCUACAAUUACCCAGCUUGUGAAGAAUGCAACUGCAAUCCAGCUGGAGCUAAGGUUGUGCCUGGUUACCCUCUGGGUGGAUGCGGAGCAGUCAAUGAUGGGCGACUUUGUGAGUGUAAGGAGCGUGACGGGAGAAUCUGUGACCGAUGCAAGCCAUUGUACUGGAAUCUUGAUCUCAACAACCCACAGGGAUGCGAAGAAUGCGAGUGUUACUCACCUGGAACUCUAGGUAGCUCUAAUGUGUGUAACAUUUACACGGGCCAGUGUGAUUGUAAGGUGGCUGUGGGAGGUCAGCAAUGUCGAGGAUGUCGCGAUGGGUACUACAAUCUCCGCACUCAAAACCCAUUUGGAUGCACAGAUUGUGACUGUGACAUCGGAGGUUCUGUGAGUGGAACAUGUGACAAGACCAGUGGUCAGUGUAUCUGUAAACCUCGGGUCAUGGGCCAGAAAUGUGACAUGCCUAUUGCAACCCACUACUUCCCAACCUUGCACCAAUACCAGUAUGAACUGGAGGAAGGACGAACCCCAAGGGGCACCAAAGCCAGAUUUGACUAUCAAGAGGACAUCUUUCACUACUCAUGGAGAGGUUAUGUUGUGCUGUCUGCUCUCCAGCCUGAAGUGCAAGUGGAUGUGUAUAUCACCAAGCCUAGUCUGUAUCGACUUCUGUAUCGCUAUGUGAACCGUAAUGAGGAGACAGUAAGGGGAGAGGUAAUCCUCACACCCGAGAGAACAUCGGAUGUACAGCAGACCAGCAGUGUGGUUUUCGAGCCCUCCCGUGACCCACGCUUUGUCACUGUGUCUGGUAGUGGUGUUGUCUCCACUUUUGUCCUGAAUCCUGGACGUUGGACCAUAUCCGUUAGAUCCCCAGAAAAUGUCUUUUUGGAUUAUCUGGUGCUUUUACCUCAAGCUUACUAUGAGGCAACUAUCCUGCAGGAUAAGGUGGCUAGACCCUGUACUGUUCCCAAUGACCCUGGCCCUUGCUUGCAUUAUGUAUACCCACCAACUUCGUCCUAUCCAAGUGUACGUGGUGAGAAUGGUUAUGUAGCUGUGGACCAACAGCGUGUUAGAACUCAGAUGCUUCAGGAGACUGACAUCUUGCGGGAGUAUGGAGUUUCAGCGAUGGGUCUACUGGACAGGAACCAGAACUCCUUUUACCUGGACUUAGUGGUACCAAACCCUGGAGAGUAUGUGUUGGUGAUGGAUUAUUAUACAGAUGUUCAGACAGAGCAGGAACUUACUCUUGAGGUUGCGUCUCGUGAGGGCAGAACACAGGCUUUCCUUAGGCCCCUACAUUGUACCUACAGCUCUCCAUGCAGACAAGUUGUGGUUGACCAGUCCGGUAUGCCUGUAAAAUUCAACGUUACAUCAGGUUAUAUUUCCAUGACUAUAACUGGUGAAGAGGAUGUUAAGCUUGCCGUGGAUAGUGUGUCUGGAGUGCCAUACAAUGAAUGGGACCUUGCCUUCCUUCGGCCAAGCAUAAUGUGUAUUCGCAUCAAUGGACGAUGUGUGGAGUCAGGCUAUCGUAACCCAGUGGGUUCGGUGCGAGUGGACUUUGAAUCUGGUUAUAAUGAAGAUAUAAGAGCUGAAGACUUGCCGCCAGGAAUUCUUGACUCCGACACUGGCCUGGUCAGAUUGGACAGCACAUUGCCUUCAGUGGACAUUGAUGUAACAGUGCGAUAUGCCACUCAGCAUGUGUUAAUGCUGCACUAUUACCUGCCUGGAAGUUCUGGCUUUGAUGUGGAUGUAAUUGUAGAGGUGAAUGGGCAAUCCAUCAAAGGUCGUUUCCGUCCAACCUACUGCCCAGGGGUGUCAGGAUGCAGGGGCACUGUCUUCUUUGACACACAAAUGACAGAUAACAUCCUAAACCUGAAAGACACAAAUGUCCAUGUUAUUGUUAACAACACUCAGGGAAAUGAAAUCUGGCUGGACUACGCUUUAUUGAUUCCUGCCACCCAGUAUCACUCUUCUCUGCUUGACAUCUUGUCCAUUGACAAGGCUGGCGAGUUUAUUGCAGAUUGUGCAGGCGAAUAUUUUGACAUUCCAACUGGCACCUCAUCUGUGUGCAAAGCCAAUGUGUUCACACUAACCACAGACAACAAUAAUGGUGCACUUCCUUGUGAAUGUAACAUUGAUGGGUCGCUGAGUUUUAACUGCGAAACAUAUUCCGGACAGUGCAAUUGUAGAGACAAUGUAAUUGGACGAGAUUGUUCAGAGUGUAAGACCGGUUUCUACGGCUUCCCAAGGUGUCAGCCUUGUAACUGUCCAUAUGGCCUUUGUCACUACAUAACUGGCCAGUGUAUCUGUCCACCCAGAGUGACAGGAGAACGCUGUGAUGUCUGUGUAUCUGAGACAUAUGGUUACGACUCCCUUAAUGGCUGUGAGGAAUGUAGCUGUAACCCCCGGGGCGUGGUCUAUGGAAAUCUGAACUGUGAUCAGGACACAGGUCAAUGCAAUUGCUUACCCAAUGUUGAUGGCCGUACCUGCGACUCAUGUGUGGCUGGUUACCAUACAUUUCCACGCUGUGAGCAGUGUGAGUGUGCUCGUGCAGGAACUACAAAAGAUAUCUGUGAUCAAGAAACUGCUCUGUGUCUCUGCAAGGAAAAUUCUGAGGGACCAAGAUGUGACACCUGCAAACAAGAUGCAUUUCACCUGGAGGAGAGAAACCCUCAGGGUUGCACGAAGUGCUUCUGUUUUGGAGUAACCACUCGGUGCGACAGCACAACUCUGCGAAGAGAUCAGAUCUUGGAUAUGACUGGCUGGGAAAUAACAAAUACUGAGAGCGUGAACCUGAUUGAAGCAGGCAGCACCAUUGCUGUGGAUGCACGCAAUAAAAUUGCUGACACCAAUGAGGCAAUGUACUGGGUGGCCCCUGAGAGAUACCUGGGCAACAAGCUGACGUCUUACGGUGGAAAACUGAGGUACACUGUGCUGUUCACAAUACCGAGAGGGGAGACAAGAGGCUUGAUCAAACCAGACAUCAUCCUUGUGGGAAGUAAUCUGACUGUGGUGCAUUAUGCUGAGGAACAACCUCAAGCCAGCAGGCGUCUUGAUGUAGAGAUUGAUCUUCUGGAGUACAAGUUCCAGCAUGCAUUCAGUGGAGAUGUUGUGAAGAGAGAUCAGUUCAUGGCCAUUCUUGUUAACUUAGAGGCUCUCCACAUCAGAGCAUCAUAUUACACUGUGGUGAAUGAAGUCAGGUUGAGUAAUGUGAGUUUAGACAUUGCGUCUGUUGCUGGCCCAGGCGGUGUAGCCUCCAAUGUUGAACAUUGUGAAUGUCCUCAGAACUAUGUUGGCUCUUCUUGCGAGGAUUGUGCUCCUGGAUAUUACCGUUCCCGUGCUGGGCGUUACCGUGGUGUCUGUGUUCCCUGUCAGUGUAAUGGACAUGCUGAUGAAUGUGAUUCUGCCACUGGAGAAUGCCUUAACUGCCGCGAUAACACCAUGGGCAGGUUCUGUGACCAGUGUAUACCUGGAUUCUAUGGAGAUCCACAAACUGGUGGCUGUACCAUCUGCUCCUGUCCAUUGCCAAGUGUGGAGAACAAUUUUGCAGCCACUUGCCGUGCUGACGAGAGUGGCUAUGUUAUAUCAUGUGAAUGCCUGCCAGGGUAUACAGGACCCUUCUGUGACAGCUGCUCUCUUGGGUACUAUGGGGAUCCACGAACCCAGGGUAGCCGUUGCCAGCCCUGUGGAUGCAGUGGUAACCUUGAUCUGACUGUUCGUGGUGCUUGUGAUGGACUUACAGGAGCUUGUCUCAUCUGUGGUAAUAACACCACAGGAAGCCAGUGCGAGCGCUGUGAUGACUGGUGGUUUGGAGAUGCCAUUGUCAGGAAAGAUUGCAGACAAUGCACAUGUAAUCAGUGUGGUUCCCAGUCAUGUGACUCCAGCAACGGUGUGUGUAUUUGCAAGCCAGAUGUUAUUGGUCCAGAUUGUGACAGAUGUCCACCUUACUAUUAUGGGUUUGAGACGUGUCAAGGCUGUAGGUCAUGUGACUGUGGAGCUGCUUCAACAAGCCCUCAGUGUGAUAGUCGAACAGGCCAGUGUCAGUGUCAGCCAGGUGUUGUGGGCCGUAAAUGCGACCAGUGCCAGGAAGGAUUUUGGAACUAUGGCCCAGGAGGAUGUCAAGCUUGCCAGUGUUUUGGUGAUGGAGCAGUCACAUGUGAUGCUCAGACAGGCCAGUGCCAGUGCUUACCUGGCGUUACUGGGCCAAACUGUGACAGAUGUUUGUCACGCUGGGUGCUCAUACAAGGUGUAGGGUGCAGAGAAUGUGACAGCUGUGUGCACCUGCUAUUGGAUGACAUGAUGGUUUUGGAACGUCAGCUGGCUGAUGCUGAACGGGAACUUAGCAAUAUCACUAUCAGUUACUUGGCAUACAGGAGACUUUCCCAGAUCAAUGAUACUGUGCUUGAAUUGCGGGUCAAGGUGAAUAUCUUAUUGCAGCAGGUGACUGAUAUCCAGGUACAGCCUCUGCUAGAGAGACUCAUGGAUUUGGAAAGUCGAGCAAAAGGUGUUCAGUCAAGGGUGGAGCGCACCUUGGAUGAAUCUAGCGUUGUUGAAGUGGAUGUCCAGAAUACAAGACUGGAUGGCCUAGAAGUAGAGCAGAUCAUUCGUGAAGGAAACAGAACAGCUUAUGAUGCUGUACAAUCCAUCAUCAACAUCCUCCUCAGCAUACAACAGAACAUUCAGGGCACAAACAUUGAGAUCUAUAUUCGACGCGCACGUCUUAUCCUGGACGCUAUCGAAAACAAGGAUUUCUCUGCCCAAAAUACUACAUCCGUUCUCGAACUGGAGGAAGCUCUGGAAGCGUUAGAAAGGGCAAAAGCAAUUAAACUUCAGGCAGAUCAAGUGUUCAAUCGCACAAUUAUCAUUCAUGAUGACAUCGGUGAUGUGGUUGAACGGCUGUAUGACCUCCAGAACAACAGUCGCUUCAGCCAGACAGACUCUCAGGAGGCCAUUGACAUCAUUGGACGCUUUGUUCGCCCAUUCAGGAUAGUGAGAAUCAUAGAGGACAUUCGCCUGUACAUUGAGGAUUCUCAAAGUCUACUGGAGAUGUCCCGUGAAUCUAUAUCAGAGUCCAGACUAGCCAUAGAAGACAGUGAUGCGGCAUAUUUGGAACUGGAACGUGAAUCGUCCCGCCUAGAUGUGGCCAUCACUCAGCUGAAGAGAGUCGUGGAUGUCCUUAGGACACAACUGGACGAUUUAGAGCCAUUGGUCAAUGCUUCUCGUCAGCAUGCUGAUAGCUUGGAAGGUCAAGCACAGUUUUUGUCAAGUAUAUUUGUGGACACCAGAGUGGCAUCAGAACUAGCAGUUAAAGCUGCUCGAGCAUACUCUGACAUUGUCGCUGCCAUUGAAAGCGCUUUGGUAGCUGCUAAACAAGCUCUUAGGUUGGCCGAGGAUGCUCUGAACAAGUCUGAAGGAGUCGGUGAUAAUUCUAGAGAUUCACGAGAGAGAAGUGAGCAGCUGUUGAGAUUGGCUCAGAAAGCUUUUGAUUCUACAAGCACAGAGCUGAAGCUACGACUGGUGGCAGCUAUACAGAGGACAGAUCGUGUUCGUGACAUGAACCAAGAGGCCGAGGAAAAGCUGGAAGAUGUAGAAGUGGAUGUUAGAAACCUUCCAACACAAUUUGGCAACCGUGCCCAGGAUGCUGCCAUGAAAGCCAUGGAUGCCCAACAAAGGGCAGAGGAAGCUCGCCUUCGUGUGCAAGGCAUUCUUGAUCAGCUGCCCGAGGAUCGCAGAAAAAUAGAACAAAUUCCAUUGGAUGUCGUUAACGCCAAUCGCCUUGUGGCAAGGGCAAGAACCCAGGUGGACUCGGUACAACAGAUGCUUCCUGAUGCUGUGGAAUUGCUGGGAAUCCUGGCAGCAAAGAAGAGGAGGAUUGAGAAUCUGAACACCACAGUUGUCGCUAAUCUGACUUUGCUUAGAGAGAGGAUAGCGCUUGCAAGAGAUGAGUCUAAUAGAAUCCGCCUUGGAGUACAGUUCCUUGGCAACACUUCCAUCCAGUUGAGAAACCCACCUAACAUUGAGCAGACUGGUUCCUACAGUAAGCUCUCCAUCUACCUCAAUACCACAAACCCCAAUGGACUCCUCAUGUACAUUGGCAGUGAUCAGGACCCUGGCAGACAAAAACCGAAAGACUAUUUGUCACUGGAGUUGGUGAAUGGCAAGGUGGUAUUCCGGUUUGACCUUGGCUCAGGCCCAGCAGUCAUCACAAACGACAUGAAUGUGGCCACAGGCAAAUGGUACAAGAUUGAGGCAGAAAGAAUUGGCAAAGCUGGCAUUCUGACGGUGACGUUGGAGAAAAGUCCAAAUGAUUUUGAGCGGAACACUGUGUCUGGAAAUUCCCAGGGACCCUAUACAGUUCUAGAACUCAACCGACAAGCGACCCAGUUCUUUGUGGGAGGAGUUCCCCAAGGCUUUAAUUUACCAGCAGGCAUGACAGAAAUACCCUACACUGGUUCGAUGGAGGAAUUAGUGUUCGAUGGGAUAUUUUCAGGAUUGUGGAAUUUUGAAGCAGGCGAGAAUAACUAUGCUGGUUCCAUUGAAAGAGAUACAUUCCGCGUUCUGGUACGUCCUGAUGGUUUCCGUUUCAAUGGUGAUGGCUACGCUGUGGUUGAUCGAGGAACAUGGCGUCCAAAUCAACGCACAGACAUUGUUAUGAAGUUUAAGACUCUGGCCACUGAUGGUCUCAUGCUGUUUAUGUCAAAGGAGAGAGACUUCUUAUCCAUUGAGAUGGUAGAUGGAAAGCUGUUGUUCCAGUAUGAUCUAGGAAGUGGUAGGAUAAAACUUCAAUCAAUGGACAGGUACAAUGACGAUAUGUGGCACAGUCUACAGGCAAGUCGACGGAACCGAGAAGGGGCUUUCUUUGUUGACAACAAUAAGGUUGCUGAGGGUGACUCCCCAGGUACACUGUCUAAGCUAUCCAUAUCAGAUGAGAUUUUCAUUGGGGGUUAUGACCAACCUCUUGUUCCCAAAGACGAUGUAACAACCACAGGGUUUGAAGGCUGUAUUAAAGGUGUCCAAUUAAAUCAGUUUGUCCUCAAUCUGGUUGAGAACAGUAUCCGAUCAAAGGGUGUUACAGAGGGAUGUCCAGAUCAGGUGGCUCGGGUGGUCUCCCUAUCGGCUGAUAGCCCAGGCUAUGUAGCCUACAAUUUGGAGGGUGGUAUAGGCAUGGACUUUGACAUUACUAUGAAGAUGAGGACUCUGGCAGUGGACUCUUUGCUAGUAUACACUGGGAACACAGAUCGAUCUCGGGAGCAGGAGUUUUCUAUUUCUGUGAUUAAUGGGAAGGUUGUGGUGACUGCGAACGCUGGAGAAGGGGCCUUGGUGUUGCCAAGUGAUCUGGAUACUUACAAUGAUGGGAAAUGGCACUAUCUGUCAGUGGUCAAAUCUGGAAGAAAGAUAAUGAUGAGCAUCGACGAUAAGGAACUAGUGGAGAAACGCAUGGUAGGAGUCAGCGAUAACAUCAUUUCUGACAUGCCCCUGUACUUUGGGGGUAUUCCCUCUUCUCUGAAGGUGAACAGUGCAGCUCAGUUUUUAGCAGGUUGCAUUGGAGAUGUCACCAUUAAGGGCAGCUUUGUCAACUUUGCAGCUCUUCCUUCUGCUGCCAUUCAGAGAGCUGUAUUGAGCGGCUGUGAACUACCCAUGCCAGAGCCAGGAGUCAGUGCUCUACCAGAUGACUUAAGUCGAGGCACAACAGCGGCUCCCCUUCCGCCAGGUCAGUGUGCCCUACCCCUGGAGCCAGCAGAUGACAGUGGAGAUGCUGGCUCUGUUGCAGGCCACAGAUUUGGUAUUACUCCCCAGAGUCGACAAGAGUACAGAAGACUGCCCUCAGACUUCAAGAGGAGAGGUACUUUCAGUUUUGAGUUCCGCACAACGGCUAUGAAUGGCCUGAUGUUCUAUUUGGCAGACAAAGGUCAUAACGAUUUUGUUGCUGUAUAUAUCAUCAAUGGUCAGGUUACCUUUGCCUUUGACUGUGGCAGUGGAUCAGCCCGAUUGGUCAGUCCAGAUACAUAUAAUGACGGACAAUGGCACUCGGUUAUGUUGUUACGACAGAAGAAGCGUGGUGACCUGCUUAUUGAUGAGUCCAAGGUGCAGACAGGGUACUCUAAAGGAGAGAGCACUUCCAUCAACGUUUCCCCACCCUACUUUGUGGGUGGGCUGUCUGAUGAUGCAGCCAAAAAAGCAAAAGGCAAUGUAGCUAUUACUCAGGGGCUGAUUGGCUGUCUACGAAACUUCAAGCAAAAUAGUGAAGAAUUUGGCCCACCCGACAACAGCGUUGGUGUGCGAUCAUGUUUCGAAAAUGUAGAAAUUGGAACAUUCCUUCAUGCCGAUGGUGGAUACGUCACACUUUACGACAAUUACAAGGUUGGGUUGGAUCUGGAUAUCGACCUGGAGAUCAAGCCCAGAACUCUAUCAGGUGUCCUUAUGUCUGUCCACUCCACUGGUGGGGAUUUCCUGGCUUUACAGAUGGUGGAUGGGGAGCUGGUGGUAUCAGUAGACAAUGGACGUGGAGUGGUGACAAGCCGGUACCUGCCUUUUGUUAACAAUGAGCUCUGUGAUGGCCGUUGGCACAAGGUUCAAGUGGUGAAAGCCAAAAAUGUGGUGACACUGAUUGUGGAUGGAGUUACCACAGAACCAGGUAUUGGAACUGCCGGAGUGUCUGCCACUGACACAAAUGAUCCCCUCUACAUCGGAGGAAGACCUGAUGAUGCCAGCAAACGAGGUAUACUCACAGAUGAGCAGUUUGUUGGCUGUCUGCGUAAUCUGCGGCUCAAUGGAGAUUUGCAGUACUUGACCUCAGGGGUUCCAACUGGCAAAGUACAACUGGAUUCUUGUCCCAAGACUUGAUCUGUUCCAGCAUCAUCCAUUUAAAUCUGCAGACCCUACAAUUAGGGUCAUUCCCAAGGCUCCGUCAAUAGUAGCCCUGUUCAUAGACACAUAUCUCUGGCCAGCUGACUUUAGGACCAAUGUUAACCGUAAAGACAAAGCUUUUUGAUACAUUGAUUGCAUAAUACUUAAAUGGCCUGUCUCACAUCAUUGAUUAUGUUAUGAUCUUCUAAAUUUUGAUCUUUUGUCAAAUCGAACUUUCAUUUAUAGGUUUCAUUUUUGAUGUCAGAAGAUUAACUGUUGUAAGCAAUAAGACAUUCAGUCAUUGAUAUUUUUGUUGUAGGAAUGUAAUAUAUGCUCAUGUCUUUUUUUAUGGAAAAUUAUCUGAUUUUGACCAGAGAUCUGUAUCUUGAAACAGUACCCUAGUGUGCUAGUGACCACUACCAGUGUUUAGUUUGCCCCAAUAUUUUUUGCAGUCUUGGGAGCCUAUUUGUAGGGUGUACAAGUCCAAUUUUGCCCCCAGGUGUCCAUUCCAUGUAUGUUUGGAUCAUUGUUUUACAAUGGAUCUUUAAAACAACGAUUUUUAAAAAAUAUGUUUGUGGCAGAGAAAUAUUUACUUUUAAAGUGGCACGUCAAGGUGUUAAACCAAGGUGGUUUGUACUACAACUGCCAAACUCAAAACAUUUUUGUCGUGAUUUGUUCUGUACAUGUUUGUAUGUUUUAUGACAGUUAAGUUAUAACUGCUUUGUCGUUUACUGGGGACAACUUUUAUUGGGCUUGUUAAAAUGCAGAAAGUCUAAUUUUAGAUCACAGGAUUAUGACGUGAUAUUUCUGGAGACCUCAAACGUGCAUACAUGUGUAGAGCUUAAGUAAGUCAUAGUAUAUCACAACCAAGACAGUGCAAAAGUUGCUACUCGGGUCGUAAGGAUGUUUAAUGCAUAAUAUUGCCAACCAUCAAUAUUGCGUCAGAAAUCUGUGCAGUUGUCCUAACCACUGUUCCUUCAGACCUGUUGAAAGGAUUUGAUAUGAGUUGUAUGUCUUAGUCAGAUUACUUUCAACUUACGGUUUCCCCAUAGUUUUAAUUUUGUGACAACAGUGUUUCUGUUUAUGUUCUAUUGCUUUGUUAAAUUUCUGAAUUCUGCAAGUGCAGAAAUCAACAGAUAUUGACUUCCUGUCAAUGCAUUUUAUUCCCACCAAAAAUUUAGUUAAACAUCGGUUUUUAAGCGGAUUUUCACAUGGAAACACCAGUAAAUUUGUAUGUAUUGCAUAACAAAAAAGUAGUAUAUGCUCACAAAAGGAACACUGUUGUCACAACAAAUGUUGGUAGAUCUGUUUUCUUGUUUUUUUGAUACAUUAAGUGUGAAGUUCUUUGGGAACAACUUUUUUUUUUUUUUUUUUUUAAAACUCUACAUGUGUUUUUAAUGUGUCUAGAAGGCAAUAAGAAAAAUUUUUUCCAUUUUAACUGGCUGUUUUAAACUCUUUUUGUGACGAUUGUGGAGAUGUAAUAUUGAAAUUCUAAUUUACAGUUGUUUGAGCACUAAAUGUACAAAAAUGAUGAAACGGAAUAAAUUCUUUCCC